CAUUACCACUAUGUUGGCCGUAGUAUUGAUAGAAUAAUGACUGUAUUGUAUAUGCAUAAUUCAACGUAAUUAAUAUUUGAAUAAAGUAUUGUCGUUAGGUUUUAGUUUUUUGACGCAGUAGAUUAGCUACACAGAGCUCUAUCAUCAGAAGUACUUGUUGUAUAAUUGUAAACCUGUAUAGAGAAAUAAUCUCGUUUGUCGAAUUAGCUCGGCAGAAAGCACUCAUAAAUACGAGAUUAUCAUGGAUAAGCCUAUCACCAAAUAUACUGUUCAGAAAAUCAAACAUUUGGAAGAAUUUAAUAAAUUAUUCGACGACGCCAAACUAAACCCAAAGAUCAAGAGGUUGGUUAAGUUGAAAGCAAUCGUGCACAAGGAAUUAAUAACAUCGAAAAUUGCAAAUAACACCCACACAUCGACGAGAAAGACCGCGGUGUCGUUGAGAACAGUCGGUAUCGAUAUGAACCGUGAACCGAUGAUCACGAUCAAUCGGAAGAUGUCUCGGGUGAUGACGGUCGCCGCAGAAAAAAGCAAAGGUAAAGAUGGGAACGUGAGAGCGGCUCAGUUGUGUCCGUGCAAAGGUCGAAGGACCGGCACAGCCGUUGCCAAACUGCAAUCGAAGUUGGACAAUAUAUUGAGUAAGGCCGUGGCAUCGGAAGUGGCCCAGAAUGGCCGAACUGAUGAUGACAAAUCAGGUUUGACGAAAAGGGAACAAACUGACGCGAAAUGAGGGAAGACAAGCCUAUUUUCGAGAUUUGAAUCGAUCUUGUCAUAUCAAAUGACUUGGUAUGAGGAUUAUACACUAGGAUUAAUUAGUAGACUUAGGUCGGUAUUGUGUAAAUUAGUGUAACUUUUUAUGUUUUAUGUACUUCGAAUGUGUAACAUAUAACAAUAAAAAUACUGAAAGACCUAAACAA